AUGAUCGCAGUCGAUGGCUCGAGGGCUCUUAGAUGGGCUUCCGUCACUUCCCUCGAGACUUCCUCUCUUCUUCCUUUCGUCCAAUUCCCGCGGACCCUUAACCCCCGCGCCACAAGCUUAGCCUUCUCCUCCUCCACCAACGCCGCCGCUGCCGCCACCGCUUCUAACUACAUCCAUCUCUCCGACGAGCAGCUCAUGACGCAGUGCGACAUGGAUACCUUCAAGGGCCUCCGUCCCACCGGCAUCGUCGCCCAGGCUGUCGAGGAGCGAUCGCAGCACAAGAAUUGGGCGAUGACUCUGACCCGAUUGCGGACUUUGUUGGCUCUCGAAGGCAGGACGGUGAUAGACCUGGAUGGAUACACAACCCCUUCAGAGCUUCUUCAGAUGCUACCUGCCAAGUCAACAAUUAGGGGUAAAGAUGUUGGUCCUCAGAUUGGUCCCAACAAUCCUAAAUUUGCUCUGGGAAUGCAGGCUUUGUUAGACCUAAUAUUUGCUGUAGAAGGCUCUGUGUCAGAAACAGCAAAAAUAUUGGGGUGCAUUGCUUAUGGCUCCUUUUUGUAUCCAUGUAUAUCUGCCUAA